GCUAGAGAACACAAAGAGCACGAUCAGGUAGUGAUACUCCUAUACUGCGCUCACCAUUUUGCUGACGUAGACCACUAUCAGCUUAAAGAAUUGGGCCCAUGUGAGUCCAUCGUGCACUGCUACGGUCAUUGCAGGCAAUCAUGUCGUGCGUCGCUGACCGCUCUCGACAGGACCCGAUCAAGACGCUCGAAGGCGAUGCCAAUGAGGACGGCGCCAAAGCAUCGAACGUCGAGGAAAACUGCAAGGAGACGGGCGACGAACAAGAAACCCGCUCGACGGAGAAAAGUCAGAACGUUUCUGAGCCUGGCGAGGUCGCGGGAUCCAAGAGGAAGCUGCCGGAUGACGACGAAGGUGAAGUUGAUGGUGAGGAUCCUGAGACGUCCGGAGAUGUUCGGGAGAACGACGGAAAGGCAAGCGUAUUCAAUGGGGACGAUGACGACGAGAUCGAGGAGCGUGCUCGUAAGAAGUCCAAGACUGCGGACGAAGACUCUGCCCAAGUCGAACAUGCUGGAGAGGGCACCGAGGACAUAGAGGACGCUGAGUGAUUGUAAUGCUGUAUUUUGCAAAACAAAGGGAGGGAGGGGAGUUGUAUCUGAAACGUAGUCAACCACAUAUUCUCA